CUUCCAGUUGAGAAUACAUCUGAUGCCUCCAAGGAUUUCUACAAUAGCGAAGAAGAAUAUAAUUUCGGUGGAGUACUUUCUGAUGAUAACGACGAAGAUAUCUCAUUUCGUAAGGAUACUAACACAAUUAGAGAUAAUGAAAAUGAUGACGAAUUCUCCGAUAACAAUGAAGAGGAUGAUAAUGAUAAAAGGCCGGCCAGCUAA